CAUUACCUCAUGCAGCAGCUGUACCUGUCUGUGCGUCCUGUGCCCCUCCCCCGCACGCUUCAACGGCUUGGCGCGCUGUGUAUACCCGUACACAACCUUUCCUCUCUGCUACACACACCCACACCAUGCCGCACUUUGAUACCUCCAAGGCUUACGCCGAGCAAGAGGAGACCUUCUUCGACGAUGGCCGCGAAAUCGAACUCCUGCACUUCGUCUACGGCCAGCCCGACGUCGAUGACAUCCGCGGCCACCCCGCCCGUGUCCUGCGUGCCAUUGACGACUUUGCCCGCACCAAGAAGUAUCUGAUGAACGUCGGCGAGGACAAGGGUAGGAUCGUGACAGAUCUCAUCGCCCAAGUCAAGCCCCAGGUCAUGGUCGAGCUGGGAGGAUACAUUGGCUAUUCCUGCAUUCUGUUCGGUGACGCCGUGCGCAGGGCCGGUGGCAGCCGCUACUUCAGCCUCGAACGGAAUCCUGAGUUUGCUGCCGUGAUCAGUUCCUUGGUGGACCUUGCAGGCCUCAGCGAUGUUGUCAAGGUUGUUGUUGGCUCUAGCGAUGCAUCAAUCAAGAGACUUCAGAAAUCGGGAGCUUUGCAGCACAUAGACUUGAUGUUCUUGGACCACUAUAAGCCGGCGUACACUGCCGACUUGAAGCUGUGCGAGCAUCUCAAGCUUGUGACUCCAGGGUCGGUCCUGGCCGCGGACAAUGUCAUCAAGCCAGGAAACCCGCCCUACCUUGAGUAUGUCCGAGCGAGCGUAGAGGAGAAAAGAAGAGCUGUAGAGCAGGAAGGCGCCGCGGGUGAAAGCGGCGUCGACGGCCGCUUUGCGGACAGGACGUCGAAGCAGUACGUGAAGCGCGAGGGAGAAGUCAAGUUGGAUACAACGAUCAAAGGAAACCCGAACCUGAUAUAUGAGAGCGAGCUCGUGAACAGUUUCGAGCCCACCGGGGUGCCGGACGGCGUUGAAAUCACCAGGUGUGUGGGAGUGGAGCAAUAGAUGGCAUGGAUCGAAGGACAGAAUACUUGAUAGACAACAGCUACGUGUAAACGUAAAAUUUGACUUGCUUGCCCGGCCCCAACCUAGGUAGCUAAGCAGGAGGUCCAUGACGUACCCC